GGCUGAGGCGCCUCUCUCUCUCACUCUCUGCCCCUCCUCGCGGCUCUUUCUCUCCCCAGCACCUUGGAGCCCCUCGACCCGGCGGUAGCGGGGACCUGAGCGGCGGCGGACGGCCUCGAAGAUGAAGUGCAAGCCGAACCAGACGCGGACCUACGACCCGGAGGGGUUCAAGAAGCGGGCGGCGUGCCUGUGCUUCCGGAGCGAGCGCGAGGACGAGGUGCUGUUAGUGAGUAGCAGUCGGUACCCGGACCGCUGGAUCGUGCCGGGCGGGGGCAUGGAGCCCGAGGAGGAGCCGGGCGGUGCGGCCGUCCGCGAGGUGUUUGAAGAGGCGGGAGUCAAGGGGAAGUUAGGCCGGCUCCUGGGCAUUUUCGAGCAGAACCAAGAUCGCAAGCACAGAACGUACGUGUAUGUACUGACUGUCACUGAGAUUCUGGAGGACUGGGAAGAUUCGGUUAACAUUGGGAGGAAGCGAGAGUGGUUCAAAGUCGAAGAUGCGAUCAAGGUUCUCCAGUGCCACAAGCCCGUGCAUGCCGAAUAUCUGCAAAAACUAAAGCUGGGCGGUUCCCCAACCAAUGGAAACUCCGUGGCCCUGCCUGCCGGAGGGCGAUCCCUAAUAUUUUUGCAGAUAAAAACCCCUUCCAUCUGAAAUGCUGUCACAAAUACUUUGGAGCCUUAACUUGUUAUUCUUAGAGAUGAACAGCAAAGAUGUCCAGGAUUGUUUGAAAGAAUCAUUGAUGUGAGCCAUUAACAAAUGGAAUUGUCAAGUAUAGGUGAGCACUUCCAUGCUUCCAAGGAGACAGCUUAUCUGGUUUUCUUCCUGCAUCUUGAGACACUCCUUCCCUGUCUGUUUUGCUGACUUAUCUUGCCCUGGUCAUUGUACUGUUGUACAUGAGCGGACUCUUAUUCAGCACCUGUAGCAUUUUGUUGUGCUUUUUUCUUUUUUGAUAUGUCUGCCUUCUUUAUUAGACUGAAAGCAAAAACCACGUCUCCUUAUUCUUUGCAUAUUCUGCACCUGAGACACUACUUGAAAUAUGGCUGACAUCACUGAAGGUUCUUUGAUUCAAUUAAUAUUUUAUAAUCACUAUGUAUAAUUACAAUGGCAAAACAUUCCCCUUCCAAUCUGGUGCUAUAUGCUCUCCAGGCACCACGUGUGUGGCUUUUCUGAAUAAGACAUUUUGGAAACUUUUCAAGGCAGUUGUAGGAUAUUCAAGGACAAGAAUUACUACUAUUGCUAUGUCAUACCACACAAUGGCUAGCACAGUUUUAACAUCACUUAGGGCAACAUUUUAUAGAAUCAGUCCUUUGUGUAACAACUUCAGUGUUUUUGUACUGUUGUUAAUUUGCUUAAAAUUUUAUUCAAGAAUACCACUUGCUGUAAAACUAAUUAUAAAAAUAAAUACAAUGAACAUAAUAAGAUGAUGUGCUUUUUAUAAAAAUUUUAUUAUAUACAAAUAAUAAAGUUACUGUUUUUGCACUGCCCUAACCACUUAUUUCAUGUAAUCUUAACAUUUCUUUGAAGAAAAGAUUGUUUUUCUAAUUUUACAGAUUCAGUAUACUGUAUUAUUUGAUGUCAGAGGCAACAAAAACUGCUACAGACAGUUUCCAAAGUUAAUCAUGCCACUUAAUUUGCCUAGGUUUCUUUAUUAUCUCUUACUGAUUCAGUUGGCCACAGUUUUCAUCCCCUUUUCCAAUACACUCAGCUAGAUCCUCAUCCCACCUUGAUUCUGUAUGUGAGAAUGCAGAGGACUGAAAGACAGCUACAUUGUUGUCACCUGGAAAAUUCAAGGUGGGGGGAACUUCUAGGAGGGUGCUGAAAAUUAAAAGAUUUAGAGAGGACUUGGGUCAGCUACCUCCAAGAGAGCAACUUUAAAAAAAUGACAGAGAUGUUUAGAGGAAAUUUUAUGGGGUUCUGCCAUGGGGUUUGUGAUGUCAGCACUCUUCCCCAUCUCCCUACAGAGGCCCUAGAGUGGCCCUAAUAUGGCAAUUUUCUUUCUUUUGCAUUGUAAAGCAGUAACAUCGGAAAAAAGCUUGGGCUCCAUUUGAGUGUUACACCCUUCCACAUGGUACCAGUGAAAUGUAUUGAUUAUUCCCCCAAUUUUUAUAGAAUUUGAAAUAAAAACACAUCUCCCUGGUGUAUUGGGAUUUUUUUAGGUAUGAUAUGGUACUGUGGUUAUGUUUUUUUAAUCCUUAUCUUUUAGGGAAAUAUACUGUAAGUUUAACAGAUGAAAAGAUAUGCUACUGACAUUCGCUUAGAUGGGGUGAGUGAGCAUACAGAUGAAAUUGGCAAUAAAUUGAUAAUUAUUGAAGUUGUGUGAUGGAUAUUUGGGAGUUCGUUAUACUGUUCUCUAUACUUUUGUAUAUGUUUGAGAUUUUUCAGAAUAAAAAUUGAAAAAAA